CAUUCCUCGUUUCUUCUCUCUCUCUCUCUCUCCAAAUUUUCAGAGAAUUUCUGAGAUUCAGAUCUGACCAAUCUUUCCAUCGCCUUCACUUUUCUCACAAUUAGAGCUGAGAAAUGGCGACGGUGUCCCCUCUCGCCAAAUACAAGCUCGUUUUUUUGGGCGAUCAAUCCGUCGGCAAAACCAGCAUCAUCACCCGCUUCAUGUACGACAAAUUCGAUACGACCUAUCAGGCCACCAUUGGAAUUGAUUUUUUGUCGAAAACAAUGUACCUUGAAGAUCGGACAGUUCGUUUGCAGCUUUGGGAUACUGCUGGGCAAGAAAGAUUCAGGAGUCUCAUUCCAAGCUACAUCAGAGAUUCCUCCGUUGCUGUAAUUGUCUAUGAUGUAGCAAAUAGGCUAUCAUUCCUGAAUACUAGUAAGUGGAUUGAAGAGGUACGUACAGAACGGGGAAGUGAUGUCAUCAUCGUCCUUGUUGGGAACAAGACCGAUCUUGUUGAUAAAAGGCAAGUUUCAAUAGAGGAAGGAGAUGCCAAGUCUCGGGAGUUUGGAGUCAUUUUUAUAGAAACCAGUGCAAAAGUAGGAUUCAACAUCAAGCCUCUCUUCCGUAAGAUUGCUGCUGCCUUGCCAGGGAUGGAAACCCUUUCUUCCACAAAACAGGAAGACAUGGUCGACGUAAAUCUGAAGCCCACUGUUAAUUCAUCCCAAACAGAGCAGCAGGGGGAGGUUGCGCAUGCUAGGGAAAUGUAAUUGUUUCAGAAGAUAAAGACAGAGAGAGGCAAUUAGGACAUGGAGAUUCAAAGAGAGAGAUACAUCUACGGCAAGAUAAAGUAGCAGCAGAUAUGAUGCUUUGUGUUCUACGUACCAUCAGGUUGUUUCUUAGUGUUCAGGGAACAAAGGUAGAAAAGGCUCUGUUCUAAAUUACCAGAUUUGAUCAUUUUGAGAAUCUUCGUUACCAUUACCAUUUUUUUUCUGCAGUAAUCAUGUUGUUAGUGUCUGUAAACUGUAUUCAGAGUUUCAUUUAUUACAGAAGAUUUUCUUUUCAUCA